GGCGGCAGCGGUGGCGGCUGGAGUAGGGUAGAGACCGCUGGGUCUCAGCCCGCGCUAGGAACCGAACAAUUGUUACCCAUCCCCCCAACCCCCACCUUGGUCCAAGCAAUGCCAACCGCCACCUGCUGGGACUAUCUCCAGUUACAGUCUGAAGACUGGAAAGAGGUCUGGGACCUGCCGCUAUGGGGGACAUGAAGACCCCUGAUUUUGAUGACCUCCUUGCUGCCUUUGACAUCCCUGACAUUGAUGCAAAUGAAGCCAUCCACUCUGGGCCAGAAGAAAAUGAGGGGCCAGGAGGCCCGGGGAAAUCAGGACCCAGUAUAGGAGGUGAAUCUGAAGACACAGCAGAAGCAGCUUCUGGGGAUGACCCUGAGGUUCCAGCCCAGGCCUCAGACAAUGGCUUGCCACCACCAGACACUUCCACAGUCAGCGUCAUUGUCAAGAACACAGUGUGUCCUGAACAGUCUGAGACCCUGGCUGGGGGUUCAGGAGAGGAAGAGAUUCAGGCAGGGGAGCCAACUAAGGAAGGGCCUGUGGGGUCUUGUCUGAUGCAAAAUGGAUUUGGGGGGCCUGACCCAUCCCUCCCAGAAACCCCCCGCUCUCCAUCUCCUCCGGGUGGAGAUACUUGGAAAGAAAAAAUGGUGGAAGGCAAAGCUCCCCUAGACCUCUUUGCUCAUUUUGGGCCUGAGCCAGGGGAGCACCUGGAUCCCCUGCCUCCUCCUGCACCCUCCCCACCUCAGGAGGGGGCUGAGACCCCACCUCCUUUCCCCUCUCCUUUUAAGCUGGUUCCGGAAAAUGGCCCAGCCUUGCUGCCAUCUAGUUCUUCCCCACCACCAGGGGCCUUGAAGCAGGGCAGCUGUAGCCCCAGUAAUCCCCAGGGCCUAACCCAGCAAGACUCAGGCUGGAGCCCUGAAGCUGCAGGUGCCCCUCCUAGCACCUCACCUCCCCAGGUUGCUGGGGUGCCCUUCUUCAAGCAGUCUCCAGGGCAUCAGAGCCCACCUGCCUCCCCUAAAGUGCCCAACUGUAAGCCCCCAAAGGAAGAAGAUGAGGGGCCAGUGCACAAGUCUCCCCCGAGAAGCCCCCAGAGUCCCUCUAGUGGAGCUGAGGCUGCAGAUGAGGACAGCAAUGACUCUCCUGCCUCCUCUAGCUCCUCUAGGCCCCUCAAGGUGCGGAUCAAGACUAUUAAAACCUCCUGUGGGAAUAUCACAAGGACUGUAACCCGGGUCCCCUCAGACCCUGAUCCUCCUGCCCCCUUGACUGAGGGGGCCUUCUUGGCUGAGGCUAGCCUCCUGAAGCUAUCCCCCAUAACCCCAACCCCUGAGGGUCCAAAAGUGGUGAGUGUACAAUUGGGUGAUGGCACUAGGCUAAAAGGCACUGUGUUGCCUGUGGCUACCAUCCAGAAUGCCAGCACUGCCAUGCUUAUGGCAGCUAGUGUGGCCCGCAAAGCUGUGGUUUUGCCUGGGGGUACUGCCACCAGUCCUAAGACGAUGGCUAAGAGUGUGCUAGGCCUGGUGCCCCAAGCUCUGCCCAAGGCUGAGGUGCGGGCAGGGUUGGGAACAGGGGGGCAGAAGGUAAAUGGUGCCUCGGUGGUAAUGGUGCAACCUUCAAAGUCGGCUCCCGGGCCAGGCAUAGCAAGUGGCACGGUGAUCUCACGGACCCAGUCCAGCCUGGUGGAGGCCUUCAACAAAAUCCUCAACAGCAAGAACCUGCUACCUGCCUAUAGACCGAACCUGAGUCCACCAGCUGAGGCUGGACUGGCCCUGCCUCCAACAGGCUACCGCUGCCUCGAGUGUGGGGAUGCCUUCUCACUGGAGAAGAGCCUGGCACGGCACUAUGACCGCCGGAGCAUGCGCAUCGAGGUCACCUGCAAUCACUGUGCCCGUCGCCUGGUCUUCUUCAACAAGUGCAGUCUCCUCCUACAUGCACGUGAGCACAAGGACAAGGGGCUCGUCAUGCAGUGCUCACAUUUGGUCAUGAGACCUGUAGCCCUUGACCAGAUGGUGGGACAGCCAGACAUCACGCCCCUGCUGCCUGUGGCUGUCCCAUCUGCUGUUGGACCUCUAGUCUUGCCUGUCUUGGGCAAGAGUGAAGGGGCCAUCACCACCUCCACCAUUACUACAGUUGCCACUGAGGCCCCUGUGCUGCCGCUCUUAACAGAGCCGCCUACCGUCCCUGCCACCUCUGCUUACACGUGCUUUCGCUGCCUGGAGUGCAAGGAGCAGUGCCGGGACAAGGCUGGCAUGGCAGCCCACUUCCAGCAGCUGGGGCCUCCUGCACCUGGGGCCUCCAGCAAUGUGUGCCCAUCCUGCCCCAUGAUGCUCCCCAAUCGCUGCAGCUUCAGUGCCCACCAGCGCACCCAUAAGAACCGACCUCCGUACGUCUGUCCUGAGUGUGGAGGUCACUUCCUGCAAGCCAAUUUCCAGACCCAUCUGCGGGAAGCCUGUCUGCAUUUCUCUCGCCGCGUGGGAUACAGGUGCCCCAGCUGUGCAGUGGUGUUUGGGGGUGUGAACUCCAUCAAGUCCCAUGUCCAGGCGUCACACUGCGAGAUUUUCCACAAGUGCCCCAUCUGCCCUAUGGCCUUCAAAUCUGCACCCAGCGCCCAUGCCCACCUCUACUCCCAGCAUCCCAGCUUCCUCACACAGCAAGCCAAGCUGAUCUACAAGUGCGCCAUGUGUGACACUGUCUUCACUCACAAACCUCUCCUCUCCUCACACUUUGACCAGCACUUGCUGCCCCAGCGCGUCAGUGUCUUUAAGUGCCCGUCUUGUCCUCUGCUUUUUGCCCAAAAAAGGACCAUGCUGGAACAUCUCAAGAGCACCCAUCAGUCUGGACGCUUGGGGGAGGAGACUGCUGGGAAAGGGGGUGGAGGUGCCCUUCUGACCCCCAAGACUGAGCCUGAGGAGCUGGCUGUAACUCCGGGAGGGGCAGCCCCUGCUACUGAGGAAUCAUCUUCAUCUUCCGAAGAGGAGCUGCCCAGUUCCCCUGAGCCCCCCCGCCCAACCAAACGGCCUCGGCGGGAAUUGGGAAGCAAAGGUGUCAAGGGUGGAGGUGGGGGAUCUGGGGGUUGGACCUGCGGCCUUUGUCAUUCCUGGUUCCCUGAGCGUGAUGAAUACGUGGCUCACAUGAAGAAGGAACAUGGCAAGUCAGUGAAAAAAUUCCCCUGUCGCCUGUGUGAGCGAUCCUUCUGUUCUGCCCCCAGCCUGAGGCGCCAUGUCAGGGUCAAUCAUGAGGGAAUCAAGCGAGUUUACCCAUGCAGGUAUUGCACAGAGGGAAAGCGCACCUUCAGCAGCCGCCUAAUCCUGGAGAAACAUGUCCAGGUCCGGCAUGGCCUGCCCCUUGGGACCCAGUCCUCUCCUGGCCGAGGGAAUACCCUGACUCGAGGGUCUGGUGCCAGAGCCCAGGGGCCAGGACGGAAACGCCGCCAGUCUUCUGACUCAUGCAGUGAGGAGCCUGACAGCACAACACCACCGGCCAAGUCCCCCAGGGGUGGCCCUGGGUCAGGAGGCCACGGUCCCCUGCGCUAUAGGAGUAGUGGCUCAGUGGAACAAAGCAUCAUGGUGGGGUUGAGGGUGGAUGGUGGUGCCCAGCAGUGCCUCGACUGUGGCUUGUGCUUUGCCUCCCCUGGCUCUCUGAGCCGGCACCGAUUCAUCAGCCACAAGAAGAGACGAGGUGUGGGUAGAGCCAGUGUCCUGGGGCUCGGGGAUGGGGAAGAAGAGGCUGCUCCUCCAUCACGUUCUGACCCAGAGGGUGGAGAUUCACCCUUGCCUGCUUCUGGAGGCCCACUGACCUGUAAGGUCUGUGGCAAGAGCUGUGACAGCCCUCUCAACCUCAAGACCCAUUUCCGCACGCAUGGCAUGGCAUUCAUCAGGGCUCGGCAGGGGGGCAGUGGAGACAACUAAGCCCCAAGCCUGGGACUAACCAGCCCCUCCCUCUUUGCUGGGAGCCUAGGUUUCACUGCUGCUGCCACCUGGUUCCUGGGCCAGGGAGUUUGAUUAACAUUCACAUUUUGUUCAGUUUCUCUCCCUCAACCCUGAAGGAAAAAGCUUUUGAGGAUUAUAGUGAUUUGCAGACACUCCCCCAUCACUUGGGUUUGGCCCUUGGGUCCUGGUCAAAUGGGCCCUCUGUUACUCCUUUCUGAACCCAACACUAAUUAUGCUCCUGCUGCAGACCUCUUCCUUCCUCCUUCCCCCCACCAGUGUGUGACUGGAAGUGGGAGGUAGACCUUGGUAAGCCUGCUAGACAGGCACAGAGGACUGGUGUGUGGGGUGUGUGUGUGUGGUGGGGGGGUUCUGGACACACAGUUCCUUCAGGCAUAGAUUUGGAUUUCUUCCUCUGGGCCAGGUUCUGCCCUAGCAACACCCCUCACCCCCAACUCCCUGGCACUCAACCCCCCCACCCCUGCAGUGCCUUUCACUUUUUCUCCCCCCUCCCCCAGAAGUCCAGGGUGGGGGUUGGUGGGGAUGAGUCCUGUCAGGGAGGCCCAGAGAGAUUGGAGACAGGCUCUCAGGAAUCCUUUAUUCUUGUAGUAAUAAUACUAACAGUGGGAGAAACAGGAGGGAGAAAACCAGACCAUUAAAACUGCUCAUGGUUUAAUCCCCA